AUGGGUCAGAAAUCAAUACUGUCAUACUUUAAUAAAAGAGGCUCAGAGAAUAUUUCUGGGGAUAAUAUUAAAUGCGAUGAUAACUCUGGGAACAACUUAGGAGUAAAGAAUAAGAAAAUAUGUAUGUUAGGAACAGAAAAUGGAUUAAGUAAGGGGUUUAAGAAAGAGAGUGAAGAAUAUUAUCCGAGUGAAUCAAAAUUGAGAGAGUAUUUUGGAGAUGAAUGGUUUGAGGUUCUUAAAGAUGAGUUAAGGAAACCCUACUUUGUUAAUUGUAUGAAGAAGGUACAAGAAAGAAGAAAUUAUGUUAAAGUGUACCCACCAAGCGACAAAAUGUUUAGUUGUUUUAAGGCUACUCCAUUAAAUAAAAUAUCAGUGGUAAUUUUGGGGCAAGAUCCAUAUCAUCAGCCUGGACAGGCCAUGGGACUUAGUUUCUCAGUCCCAAAAGGUGUCCCAAUUCCUCCGAGUCUUAGAAAUAUAUACAAAGAAAUAGGGAAAGGGAAUCCCGGUCAUGGGGACCUAACAUCUUGGGCUGAACAAGGGGUGUUUCUUUUAAACUCUUUACUCUCGGUUGAAGAAGGAAAGCCAAUGUCUCACAAGGAUUUUGGUUGGGAUACCUUUACAUCUAAGGUUAUAUCACAUAUUAACAAAUUAGAAAGGCCAGUGGUAUUCAUGCUUUGGGGGAGGUCUGCUCAAGCUAAAGCCUCGAAUGUUUGCAGAAAAAAACAUUUGGUUUUAGAGUCUGCUCAUCCUUCCCCACUUUCACAAAAAAAAUUCAUAGGGUGUGAUCAUUUUAAUAAAUGCAACGAAUUUUUGAGAAAAACACAACGCCCUGAGGUCGACUGGAUUCGAACAAAAAAAUGA